GUCCAGCCGAGCUGCGCAGAACCAACCUAUUCUCCUGUCAGGUUGACAAUAUGUAUAUGGUACAGUAGCAGUCUGCUUGUUUGUGUACUGACUCGAGAAUGGCUGCUGUACAUCGGGAAGCUAUCCAAAAACAAAUUCAACAAGAUUGGGCAAAUCGGGAAUACAUAGAAGUUAUAACUGGUAGCAUAAAGAAGAUAACGGACUUUCUUAACUCCUUCGAUAUGUCAUGCAGAUCAAGGAUAGCUGUCCUUAAUGAGAAACUUACAACACUUGAAAGAAGAAUUGAAUACCUUGAAGCAUGUGUUACAAAAGGAGAGACUUUAACAUAAAUUACUAUUACAACUGUUUCUAGCUGUUGUACUUUUUUAUGUAAGAUUCUAAAUAAAUAAAUACAUAUGCAUAUAUA